GAAACAAUAAUCAUUCUGUGCCUGCACCUAGGUUGCUCGGGGUCACGUACCUAUUUUUAUUUUUUUAAAUUAAAUUUCUAUUUUGGCUUUUAUCAGUGCCUGAUAAGUUAUAUCUUUAUUAAUUUAACUGUUAUCAGUGUAAUACUUCAAAUUCUGUGCAAAGGAUUCACUAAAGAGUGUUACAUUUUCCGUGUAGAUAUAACUUCGCAUUAAUAGCGGUACAAGCAGUCGUCGCAGUUCAACGUUGAGUAACCGAGGUAAUUAUAAAAACACCAAAAUGGGUAGAAAAGUUUUCGUAGUUGGUGUUGGAAUGACUAAAUUUGUUAAGCCUAGUCCAGACAGAGAUUAUCCCGAGCUAGGCAAGGAGGCCGUUUUAGCUGCCUUAGCUGACGCCCGUAUCAAAUAUGACGACGUACAGCAAGCUGUCUGCGGCUAUGUCUUCGGCGACUCGACUAGCGGUCAGCGCGUAUUGUACCAGGUCGGCAUGACUGGUAUCCCGAUUUACAAUGUGAAUAACAACUGUUCGACCGGCUCUAAUGCUUUGUUCCUCGGUAAGCAACUCAUUGAAGGAGGCAUAUCUGAUGUCAUCCUCGCCGUUGGAUUUGAGAAAAUGGCUCCUGGUGCUUUGGGAGGGGGCGCUUACACGGACAGAACAAAUCCAAUGGACAAGCACACAUUAAAAAUGGCAGAUCUGGCUGAACUCACAGGUGCUCCAAUGACCGCUCAAUAUUUCGGUAAUGCUGGGCUUGAGCAUAUGAAGAAGUAUGGCACCACUGAGGUGCACAUUGCAAAAAUCGCAGCGAAAAACCACCGCCACGGAGCAAAGAAUCCGCGCGCGCAAGGCAACAGGGAGUACACAGUUGAGGAAGUAUUAAAAUCCCGUAAAGUGUAUGGUCCCCUCAACAAGCUCGCUUGUUGCCCGACAAGUGACGGUGCCGCCGCUGCUGUCCUCAUGUCUGAGGAAGCCGUAAUCAAGUACGGCCUGCAGAGCAAAGCUGUAGAAAUUAUUGGUAUGGAGAUGGCAACAGACACGGAAAGUGUGUUCAAGGAAAACAGUUUAAUGAAAGUUGCUGGGUCUGAUAUGACUAAAUUAGCAGCCGAGCGUCUCUAUGCCAAGACUGGUAUUUCUCCGAUGCAAGUAGAUGUUGUAGAAUUGCAUGAUUGCUUUGCUACCAAUGAACUGAUCACAUACGAAGGGCUUCAGCUCUGCAAGGAGGGAGAGGCAGGCAAGUUCAUAGAUGCCGGAGACAAUACUUAUGGCGGCAGAGUUGUUGUCAACCCCAGUGGUGGACUAAUAGCCAAAGGUCAUCCCUUGGGAGCAACGGGACUAGCUCAAUGUUCCGAACUUGUGUGGCAACUGCGAGGGGAAGCCGGCGAUAGACAGGUACCUCGAGCGCGUAUUGGUCUGCAGCAUAACUUAGGUCUUGGAGGAGCAGUAGUCAUCACAAUGUACCGCAAGGGAUUCCAGAAUGCCAGCCCUAACCAGGUUGCAGCCAUCACUGACAACCCUGAAGGGUUCAAAGUAUUCAAAUACAUGAAAAUCUUAGAGGAGGCGAUGCAAACAGAUGAGGAAAAACUCAUCGAAAAGGUCAGAGGAAUCUACGGAUUCAAGGUCAAAGGACCCGGCGGUCUCGAGGGAUACUGGGUGAUCAACGCCAAGGAAGGCAAGGGGAAAGUCACGUACAACGGCAAAGAAAAGUGUGACGUCACAUUCACAAUCAACGAUGACGAUGUCGUCGACCUGAUCUCCGGUAAACUGAACCCGCAGAAGGCAUUCUUCCAAGGGAAAAUCAAGAUCCAAGGAAACAUGGGACUCGCGAUGAAACUGACAGACUUACAGCGCACGGCGGCAGGCAGAAUCGAUAAGAUCCGAUCCAAACUGUAAAUACCGCUUGGAACCGGUUUUAACCAGCAAUUACCGCUAAAAUCUGGGCUACGGUGCGGGCAUGGGCAUUUAAUUGUAAAUAUUUUCACAAACUUAGUACAUGUAGAGUAGUAUGUGCAUAAGGUUUAUCCAAAUGUUUAUAAAUCAUUCCAUUUUAACACGAAAUGGCAUUAUGAAUUAUGAUGGUAUUGUUGUUGAGAUAUAUUUUAUAAAUUAAAUAUUUUAUAUAA